CCUUGAUCGUCCGCCAACAAGACCUCGCUCUGUCACGCGGUCUCUAUGCCUCAACAUGCAAGAUGGUACUCUACGUCCUCUAGAUGCUUGAGCCCAGCAUAUCGCAUGCAAUACUUGCCUGCCUCGAAUUCAGCGCCGGAAUCGCGGUCGUGUCUCGAAUCUCCGUCCAACACGGAAGACAUAUCGCACGUAUAACUUUGAGGGUCGGUGUGUCUGCACACUCCAUUGCUUCCGUGUGCCUGCUGGCGUCCCUUGCUCAAUUCUGGAGCUAACUCUCACAUCUCUCCAGAGAAGUUCGCGUCAGGAGGCUGGGGUUUCCCGCUUAGCGUUAUACGGGAGCUAUGCGGUGGACACUGGCCCCGCGGCGUCUUGACCAAUGAAGCCCUUUCCAGCUUGUCCCCCUCCGCUGUUGAUGACAACUUAGUAGUUUGUAAUUGCAACCUUGUCGUAGAAUCUAGACUCAACACUAUGCGACAAUGUCUCGGUUUCGGCGAGCCUUCGGGUCCCGUAAGUCGAGACGGAACGAGCGUUUGCGUCCGCGUGGAGGUCUGGUACCGACAAUCCAGGCAUAAUCGAGCCUACUUCUGAAGAUCUGAAGGGUCACUCAUCUGGGACGGGUUACAUUUCUAUUACCGCGACAGCAGAGCGGGUGGGACAGUCUGGAGCUAGCCUCGCAAACCACUAUCACGGGUGCGUCGGUGUGGUUUAG